AUGGCGGACCGCACUCGAAGCGCUGCUCUUAACGGGACACGCACCACCCGAAGUUCCGGCCUCGCAAACGUCCCCAGCGGCGGCGGUAGCUCCAGCAACACCAGCAAGACAAGCCUCUUCCGAAGCCACUUCAUCAGACGGCCAAAUGCGCCCUCUGCAGACCCGGCCGAGAGCGUGCGCCUGGACGCGGAGAGGACGCCGCGGGGUGAGGCCUCGGAUCUUGUUGUGAGAGACCAGCACGGCGAAGUCGAGAUUGGGAACCCGCCGACGCCGGUGGUGGAUGAUGAGGAGGAGUUGCAGGCGUUGGAGUAUCAGCAGGAGAAUGAAAGGGAGAAACAGCGUCUAGCAGAGGCGAUUCGGCAUUAUCAAAUUAGCCACAGCUCUAUAGCUGAUCAACCUGACGCCCUGUUCGAAGCUGUGCGUGAGAGCAAUAGAGCCAAGGUCAACGCUUUAGCUGAAGAUAACUGGAUGUUCGAGCCAGAGGAACAGCCGCGCAUUCCAUGA